AUGGUCGCCAUCGUCAGUCUUUUGACAGGUCUUGUGGCCUUGUCUUCUCCAGCUACCUCCGGCGCUGUGCGACGUCGCUCCAUCACACCGCCAGCGGGAUGUCCGAUCCCGACCUGGACCGUCAACACCUUCAAUUGGUACAAUGGCUCCCACAGUUUAGACUGUAUCCACAACCAAGUUGAUAUCAGUGCCCAAGGCUGCCUCUGUGGCACCGGCUGGUGUGCACCUGAUCCCGCAACUUGCAACGGGUCAAUGGUGAAUGUCUGCUGGACUGGGAUGCCCAAUUACCAACCAUGGGGUUAUGGCCCGCCUCAAACUCUUGAUAUCAAAUUUGCCGAUGGCUUGACUUGCCACGACCAAUAUAUCGGCUAUCGCAUCCAUGACAUCGGUCAUGGUGAGAGCAACUGUGGGUAUGCCGAUAGGGGCGAGGGCCGAAUUGUUGCUUUCUAUGGCACCUCGGAUGUCGAUAGCUCAAUUGGCCAUAUGGACUAUACCCUUGGCGAUGGACACGCUCUCACAUGCGACAAUGGGAGCUCUAUUACUUACUCCGGUAGCGUAGACUUCCCAGUCACCUGCAUACAUGACGCGGAUUUCAAUGCUACUUGCACCGCUCCUGUGUUUCAAGUCCCCGUUCUAAGCUACGAGUGGGUCUCCUGA